UUCCGCUCCAGGUGAUUUCGGUAUCUCCUCCCGCUCGCAGCAUCCGACUCGCAAUCAUCGCAUUUAACAUCGUAUCAUAACGACGGAUGGAGCGGAAAAAAAAUGAGAGCGAAAUCCAGUAAACAGUAAAAUAACACACGUACACGACCUAGCCAAACCAACCUCAUGCGCUCUCACAGAUCAGCUCAGCCUCUGCCUCUGCCUCUGCCCAGUGUGAUGUGAUGGAAAGGAAGCAAGAAAAUGCAUUAGUUCGUGAGUGAGGUGUGCGAUUCAAAACAAAGCUGCUAAGUUUAGAAUAAUAAUGAAUAUGAUAAUACGGUAUAAUCGGGUUGAUUAGACAUCACAUGGCAACCUGCAGUCGAUUUCACAUCGAACGAAUCAACAUUCGGCCAGGAAGUGAAUAGAAAGUGCCAAGAAAUCGCGAUCUAAUCAAUUAUCACCCUCAAUUAUUGAAUUGCAAGCUGAUUCGCAGCAUCAGUGGCAUAUCUAGUAUAAGUAGCACGAGAAGAAGAAGGGAAAAACGCAGCUGUAAGACACGUACAGUUACUUUCGAAGUCGAGCCACGGACAGAGACGGUGACAAAAAGUCCAAAACGAGAAACCGGAUAGAUUGGUUGGAACGGGUUCUGGGGUUCAAACGGGCGGUGCAUAACCAGACGGGAUGUCAUCGGGAGGCGCACUCGGGAGCGGUUACAAUCUAACAGUCGACCGGGAGUUCCGAUACAUUGUCCAGUGGUUCACGGAAUGGAGUGAUUUCCAACGGGAAGACUUCAUCCCCGUGCUGGCUUCGUAUCUGGCGAAAGCAAACCCCAGCGGAGUUGUCUAUGUGAACGGUAUCAUUAGCGGGAUAGCGAACAUCAGUGGGGAAGACAAACCGAUGAGUCUGUUCCAGUGUAGAGUAAAGCUAUUCAACGAAUGGACUUCCAAAUGGCCUGAAUCCAACCGCGACAAACUGCUGGAACGGUUAGCCGAAAUCGAUCCGGAAUUUGCGCGGCAAAUCCAGCUGGAGCUCUCCGGUAGGAGACAGAGUAUUACUCAGGGAGACCCAGCACCAACAGAAUACGGCAGUGUGCAAGUACCACUUGAUGUAACGAGUAUUGAACACGCCGCACCGGCGGUCACCGGCGACGGAGAGAUCUAGAUAUAGGGCCCGAGGAAAGAAAAACGGAUGCCGUUUAUUUUCAAAUAUCCCUCAGAUUUAUGGGAUAUACACUGAAUCCAUAUCUGUUACGGUGUAAUCAUGUUUUUAUUUAUUUUUUCGUCAACAUUCCAUAACAUACAGAGCAAAUGACUAUACGAAGAGAACGACCAGGAAUAUGUUAAAUUAAUUUAUUUCUACUGAUUAGUAUUAGCAUGGGAAGGAAUCUGGGAAUCACCUAUCGCAUUCACAAAAUAGCUACAAUGAUUCAAUUCAAUCGACAAAUCAGAAUUGCAUUCGAAGACAGAUAACAUAUAAUAAUAAAUAUGUAAUAUUUAUGGAUUUUGUAGUUGCUAAACGAUUCUGAAGCAGUUUAGAUUUUGCCAUACGAAGGUAUCAACAGGAAGACGUCCUCUAAGGAAACAACAAAGACAACCCAUAAAUUGUUCUGAACAUAUACACAUUCUAAGGUUAAUGGUAGCGCAAAGCUUCGAUUGCAGUAACUGAAUCAACUACACUUUGUUGCCAAUCAAGCUUGAGUGUGAAUAAUAAAAUAAAACAAGACACGAAUUAAAAGGGCGAUAGCGCCAAAUGUACACACAUUGGCUUAUUCCUU